GCUUGCUAUUACUGCGUAGUUUAUUUCUCCGGGUGGAAGGAGAUGAUUGGAAUAAGAGACUGCUGCGACAUGUUAGGAGCAGCAGCCAAAAGAAAUCUAUAAUCUUCAAACUUCGAAAAUGAGUGCUCGCCGUACUUGCUUGCGAUCGUAUAAAAAAAAGUCGUCUAAUACGAGCGAGAGAAAAAUAUGGAGUCACGAAAGAGAAGGAAUUCGCAACAUCGAAGGAGAAGAAAGAUGAUCGUGAUCGUUUAAGUUGAUUAGCAUAAUUAUCGCUACACAGUAUAAAAAGGGCAGCAUGUACCACAACAAUACGGGAAAAAAAGUUAAAAUAUAUAAAUAAGUGCUUAGUUUGUUUAGGCUUCUUUUCCCGCCCUCCCACUACCUGCGUACAGUCAUGGCUUUGCGCCUGAUGUGUGCGUAAGCCUGCGGCAGGUCGUACUCGCUUGGAACAAGUGACAGGAAGCCUCUACCCUUAGAUCUCUUCGCGAUCUCUUUCCCUCCCUGUUGGUGUUUUAGUAGUCAUGUCAUCCGAGUUCGUUGGUGUUUUAGUAAUGUUUGGAGGAUUUAAGAGGUCGCCUGAGGUCAUAAGGGUUGACUGGGCUCGACUUUGUCGGACCCAGUUUUUGGCUUAGGGGCCAGUCUUGCCAUUUACUUUCAUUCCUUCGCGAGAAAUAAAAAGAGAAAAGGAAGCAAAACGCUCACGGAAAUCUAUCACAUAUGACCGCGCUAAGAACUCACCAGCUUCCAAAUACAUGCGGGCGAUAGACUGCGCGCGCACAUGACGCCACAGAAAAAAGCGAGACAACGCUAGCAGCCUGAGCAUGCGGCAGGAACGCGAGAAAACGCCAGAAACCCCGCGACAACAGUAGAAACCAAAGGAAAAGCAGUCUGGCCUUCAGACGUGAAAGGCCCAACAGUAACCAGCUGAGCCAUGCGUGGAGCUUGCUGAUUCAAGGCACUCGAUCGCUCUCGCAAAUCGAAUGGAAUUCCAGAAGGAGACGAAAAAUAGCGCAACAGUGACCAGCUGAGCCAUUCGUGGAGCUUGCUGGUUCGAGGUGUGUGAUCGUUCCCGACCUCGUAAAGAUGCCACUGGCGCAACAGCUGCGAAGGCCGCGCCGUCUAGACUAGCACUCUAGAUCGCAGCGCAUGCCUGAGCGUGUAAUCGCAUCCGAUGGAUAAGAUUCUCGCCCCGCAUCGAGUGCUUCGCCCCCUAGGGAAAACGUUUCAUUCAUAAACGUCGCCGAAUUAAUGCCGAGCCCUUCCUCGGAAGAGAAGCCUGGUAUUAAGUAGUCUCGUUGACAGUUUCGGAAUACUGACCUGGGCAGCAUUCCAUUCCAUCUUGUAACCCCAGGCAAUGUUUUGCAACUCAUUAUCGAUCCAUCUUCUUGCUCCCGUGGUCUUCUGACUUGACAUCCACUUUUCAGGUGGCUCUUGAUUGUUAGCUUCUAGAUACAUCGUUCUGCAAUGAAUCCUGAUUGAAUUUGAAUUAUGACUCACUUAAUGGCACGUGUGGAUGAAAUGAAUCUCCGGAUGAAAUAGCACUUACUUUCCUUCGCAAGGAAACGCUGACUUCUUCCUUUUUCAAUCAAGUAU